GUGCUGUACUCUGUUUGUGUUUUAUAUUUAUUUGGUUCAUGAUGCACUGAUGUACAUUGAAAGUAUAGCAACAGGUUCACGUACCACACAGUUACGUACCACACCCAUUAAAACAACACUACUUCAAUUGAUAUCUAAUCCUCGGAAGCCAGCAGUCGAACCAAACUGCACAUACAAAUUAAAGUAAACAAAUAAACAUAGCAAUUAUGGCAAACAUCACCGAUUCCAAGACUUCUGUUCUGUUCGACUUCGACGGGACACUAUGCGAUAGUGAAACACCCGCUAUGGAAGUGGCGUAUAUUGAACUGGCGCCUUAUUUGGGUGUACCGCCUACACCGGAAACCAUGCUCGAAUUCAUUCGGGCAAAUGCGGGCAAGGCGUUCGAGUUUAUGAUCGAAGCUGCUGAUGAGGAGCGAAAGUCUAAGAAUGAAACGGAAACGUGUGAGGAAUCUCGUGCAAACAAAUCAGAACCAAAGGACAUCAUGUCCGUGAUUAAUCCUUGGAGGGAAAAACUUGGUCUCAAGCCUCUGGCCGAGACUAACCCAGGGAGUGUCUCUCUGCUUACGCUACAGAAGGAGGACACUCUGGUCGCACUCGGCAAUCUGUGCAGACCAGUAGACGGCUGUCUGGAAGUAUUGCAAUCCUUAAACAACAACGGGCUGAGUUACUGCAUUGCCACCACCUCUGGCAAGCCACGUGUGCCCGUGUGUGUAGACGCAGCCAAUAUCAGGAAUUACUUUCCCACAGACGACUUCAUCCACUCAGGCGAGUCCGAUUUCACACCCCCACGGUUCAAGCCUGCACCCGAUGUGUACAUGAAGGCAGCCAAUGCACAGGGCAAGGCGUACGAGGACUGUGUGGCGGUUGAGGAUUCCGGCUCAGGUGUUGGAUCUGCGGCAAAUGCCAAAUUAGGACUAAUUGUGGGCUAUGUGGGUGCGGGGCACAUUGCUGAGGCCGCGAAGGAUGAACACGCCAAGAUGCUGAUGAGCGGUGGUCGUUCCGAAAACGGUCGUGGUGCCGCCAUUGUAUUAAGGAACCUUCAGGACUUAUUGCCUAUAGUAUAUGCAUUCGAGAAGUUCCGCAAGGAUUCACCCGAUAGCAAGCCAAGUGAUUUCAACGUUGCUGAUUGUGUCGGUUCCAUUGGAGGUCAACAUUGGUUGCCUUGAAAGUUAUAUCGGUCAAGGGGUAGCUGCCCAAUAGUCAAUAUCUAGCUAAAUAGCCUAAAAGUAAGAUGUAUAUCAAAAUGUAUUAAACCGAAUCCGUACAUUCAGGAAGAAUUGCAAGUCA